GGGACGCGUGCGCAGUGCAGCCGCUCCGCUCCGCUCCGCUCCCGCUGCCUCUCCCUCUCCCUCCGGUGCCGAGCCCGGAGGCAGCGCAAAGGCGGCGGCCGGGGGGGCAGCGGGGCAGCGGCGGCCGCGGACGGCGCUGCGCGGCGGCGGCGCGGAUGCCCGGCCCGCUCCAUCCAGGAGGCAGCAGGGACGCUAGCCGGGGGGUCUCGGCGGCACGGCUCACCCACGGGCUGGGAGGAGCGGAGAGCAGCAGAAGAGCCCCCAAAGCACGACCCAACCCCGUCCACCGUGUAUGAGGCUGGGACGCAGUACGCAGGACCCGCGUCCGCAGAGACACCCCUUCCGAUGUCCCGGCAUGAGACUUCUCCGACAACGGUGCAACCCGCCAGCAACCACCGCCCCAACGCCUGCUGCUUCUGCUGGUGCUGCUGCUGCAGUUGCUCAUGGAACGAGGACCGGGAGCGAGCGUGGAGGGCGUCCCGGGAGACCAAACUGGAGACCAUCCCAAACUGUGAAGCGUGCACCAAACCCACGCCGGAGGAGGUGCGGGGCUGGGCACAGUCCUUCGACAAGCUGAUGAAGAGCCCGGCGGGUCGCAACGUCUUCCGGGAGUUCUUGCGGACUGAGUACAGCGAGGAGAACAUGCUCUUCUGGCUAGCGUGUGAGGAGCUCAAAAACGAGUGCAACAAGCACACCAUCGACGAGAAGGCCAGGAUGAUCUACGAGGACUACAUCUCCAUCCUCUCGCCCAAGGAGGUGAGCCUGGACUCGCGGGUGCGGGAGGUCAUCAAUCGGAAGAUGCAGGAGCCAUCCUCGCACACCUUCGAUGACGCGCAGCUCCAGAUCUACACGCUCAUGCACAGAGACUCCUACCCUCGCUUCCUGAACUCUGCCAUAUACAAAUCGCUGCUCCAGAGUGUCUCCCGCUCCUCCUCGGAGUCCUAAGGGCGCCCGCCGGCUGCGGGGACGCCGGUGGGGACAUGGCGGCCGGGGGGGGGCUUGGUGCCUCCUCCCCUCUGUCGCCCUCCCUGCCAGCCCCCGCCCCCACAAGUUUUUAGCUUUUUACCUAUGAACCAUCACCCCGGUGUCUGGGCCACCCUCCAGGACUGUCCCCGGGGCUGGCGCUGCUGCGGCAGCGCAGCCCGGGCCGGCUCGUACUACUGAACCCCUGCCCCGUCCCCGCCGCUGGCCGGAGCGAGCCGGGGAAGCGCGUGGGAGAGUGCCGGGGCCCAGCUCCCCUCCCCGGCUCCACCUGCACCCCGUUUUGAAGAGGUCACUUUAUCCCCUUUCCACCACACUUGGGAACGUGGCACAUCCCCGUUUCCCACCUGAGACCCAGUUGGGGACUGGGUUGGGGGUUUUUUUUUGGGGUGGGGGGAGGUCAAUUGUUGGGGGUUUUUUGUUUUGGGUUUUUUUUUACUUUUUAUUUUAAAUGCUUCUUUUGUUGGCUUUUACUGGGGGACUCAAGGGGUGAGACUGGGGUUUAAGAAAUGUGUCUGUACAUAAAAAAAAAAAAACUUGCCAGGUUUA